AUGGUCUCGGCACCACCAUCGUCCCGCACUACUAGCGGGAUGCCAACGAGCAAUGCAUCACCACCGUCCGCGCUGUACAAUCUUGUCAUGACACCCGUCAAUUUCAUCACCUUUGUCUUAUCGCUCGUCAUCAUCGACAUCCAGUACUCGCUCAAGCGAUCCCACAACCACGCCCAAGCUCACAGUCGACUACCAGCCUGGCUUCACGCCCUGCUGUACCGCCCGUACGAGCAUGGCACCUCUCCCAACGCCGGCGCCGGUGGUCCAUGGUACUACCAAACCAAGCAGAAGAAACUUCUGAGAAUGGAGACCGAGGACGCAUUCAAGAUCCGCAGCACAAUGCUGGUUUCCUUGGCAGUGCUUGUGACCAGUGCGGUAGCGGGAUCGUGGUGGCUCAUUCGCAGCAUUGUCCAGCCAUGGCUUCCUGUGCUCAGCGUGUGA